UCUUCUCUGAAAAGCAGAUGAAGUGCCAGAUAAAAGCAACGCUACAACAAUUUCCAGGGUCUGAACCUUCUAACAGAGCUCAAGAGCACCCACUUCUGGUGAAACUGAUAUCAUCACUCAUCUGUUGGAUUAAACUGUAUCAACUUCAUAAAAUCCUUCCACGUACUAAAGGAACAUUUUUUUAUACUUUGAUAAAUUCCUCUCAGCUCUUACUACCAAAAUUAUGUUAACAAAAAUGACUUUGUGGCUGUAGCAGAAUACAAGAAAAGCAACAUCAAGCAUGGAGGCUUCAAGUUCUGCUCAUAUAGGGAAGCCCACCACUACAACCAUGCCCCCUUUCUCCCCUACACCCACCUCUCAUGGCUACCUGCAGUUCUUCUGGGAGUACCAGGACAAUUCUGUCAUUGUGGAGCAUUACAACUACACGGGCAAGCUGCAGGGAGACCGCUACCGUGAAGGGCUCAAACCUGAGGGCAUUGCAUUCCUGGUGGUGUGUCUCCUCAUCGUCCUGGAGAAUGCAGUGGUUCUUCUCGCCAUUUGGAGGAACAAGAAGUUCCACUUGCCCAUGUAUUACCUCCUGGGAAAUCUGACUCUGUCUGACCUGCUGGCUGGGAUAGCCUACAUGGCAAACAUCAUCAUGUCUGGACCCUAUACUUUGAAACUGACACCGGUGCUGUGGUUUCUCAGGGAGGGAGGGGUCUUCAUCACUCUGGCUGCUUCUAUCAUUAGUCUGCUGGCCAUUGCAAUCGAACGUCAUGUGACUAUGGUGACUAUGAGGCCAUACCACGGGGCAAAGCGGGGAAGGAUGUUGGCACUGAUUGGUGCAAGUUGGGCCCUUGCAGGGUUUUUGGGGGUCUUACCAAUUCUGGGAUGGAACUGCAUCCACAGAUUGGACCAGUGUUCAACAGUCCUCCCACUUUAUGCCAAGAGUUACAUCCUAUUCUGUGUUUCUGUGUUCAGUGCAGUGCUCCUAGCCAUCGUGGUCCUUUAUGCCAGGGUCUUCCGCAUUGUCCGCAGCAACACGCAGCGUCAGAGGAUGGGCUUGUCAGGCAGCAUGAGAAAAGGAUUGGCGAGGAAGUCACAAAAGUACAUAGCCCUUCUCAAGACAGUCACCAUUGUGCUGGGUGUCUUCAUUGCAUGCUGGCUGCCCCUCUUUGUCCUCCUCCUCUUGGACUUUUUCUUCCCCACCCGCAGCUGUCGCUUGCUCUACAAGGCUGAUUACUUCCUGGGAGUAGCCAUGGUCAACUCACUCCUCAACCCCAUCAUAUAUACUCUGACCAGCAAGGACAUGAGGAGAGCUAUUCUGAGGCUGCUCUGUCGGCCGUGUCUCAUGACCAGAGAUGGUCAGGUGAAGAAGAUUGGGAUGCCAUUCCUGGAGUGCAGUUUCAGUAAAACCGAGGUGGCCUCCCAGAAGUUAGAAGGAGGACUAGAGACUACAAUCUCCUCUGGGAAUGUUAUCACCACCCCAUCUCCCAUUAAGGCCCUCUAUCCAAAACUAUUCAAGUCCUAAGGACGUAGACUGUCUGGCUGAGUCCCUAAGAGCCUGGGUUUCUUACUAAACAGAGGACAUGUAGCACAUCUUUGAUUUCUGGUACUCUUGAAUUUGGAAUUUGUAUGAAAUAUGGAGGCAUCUAACACAUACCUGCACCAUGAGUGGUGUAGUUACAACAAAAUAACAGUAUCAGUGAACUUCAACAUAAGAAGGAAUACGAAACAAAAGGCCAGGAGGAAGCCACUCGAAUGUGAACAAGCAACAUUUGUAUGUGUAUAUGCAGCCUUUCCUUAAUUAAUUUGCACUGAAAUACCAUCAUGAAUGGAGAAGCAGCCUUGGACUCAGCUUUCCUGUUGAACUGUAGUUUGUAUCAAAGUCUGGAAGGACAAACACAAAGACUCUUAUGACUGAAGAGUACUUGCUGGGUUAAUUUCCCUGCCCUUUUUCUUAUUAAAGUGCCUUAAAUACAGCACAAAUACAUCCAAUGUGCACUGUGUAAUUUGUGCAUCAGCAAACACCUGGAUUUGGCUGGUUCAAAGGCCCAGGGUGUGCUAGAUUUGCUAUGAUAAAAUUGCAUAGAACAGUCCACACAUAUCGGUGUAUAUGAUGCAGGGAGAGUUACAGGGUGAUAAAAGGAAAGAGAGAGGUGGCACUCACUCUUAACUCUGCCAGAGAGCACAGAAACUCGAUAAAGAUUGCUGUGGUAUAAAUGUGGUAGGGAGGGAGGCACACAAUUAAAAUCCCCCAGUUUUGAAAUGACAGAUGGUGACAUAUGGUUAAGUUAUCUGAUGCUGAGUGAAUAGUUGUUUGGGGUUGUUGUCUGAUUCUUUUGAAAUGUCCUUCUAGCAUCUGCAGGAAAACAGCAACAGCAAAUACAACAUGUUGUUGUUCUUUAUGUGAUUAACUAACAGAUGUGAUUAUUUGUUUCCAUCUGUCACCACAUGGUUAGACAGAAACCACAUCAGCUGCCAUUACAUCACUUGUAAGUAUAAGCCCAAUAAAUUAUGUUAAAGAUUUAUAUUUCUUGCAUAUAAAGUCGCAGAUGUAAGUAGUCAUCAUCUUUCAACUGCAGCAGCAGUUUUAAAGACAAGAAUGUGCUUGCACUUGUAAGGUAAAUCAUGUGGAAUCAGGGGAAAUUAAUCACAGUGCAAUUAUUCCAUUACUUCCCUUUACUAUCCAUUAUGUUAAUACAACAUUUCUGGUUAUAGUUUAAGGUACUGAAUAUGUCUUUUUUGUUAUUAUGAAUGAGUUUGACGCCAGAUUUUUGUACAAACGUUGUUUUUUGUGUGCAGUCUUUCAGGACAUAGAUUUACAAAUGAGACAGUGAGCUUUUUUGGUACUGUAUUUUAUGUAGUGAACUUUGUAUUUUUGUAUUUCUGAAGUCUUUUCAUAACAUCUGCAUUGUAAAUUAUAUCAAUUUUGUAACAGCAAACGACUAGCAAAUGUUACCUUUCUUUUCAUAAAAGAAUUAAAACACUUUCUUGAAUGUUUCUAAGGAGUUUAUUUUCAUUGUGUGUUGGA